AUUUCCCCCCACCGAUAUAAAUACGUCGUCACAGCUGCAGCGAACUGGCGCUAGUUACUAAAUCACUUCAGUGAGACUCGUUUACUUGAACUUCGACUUGCUCCAUGUUAUUUAUCUACAUACCUGCAUGUUCAUAUAUCUACUAGCGUCGAAUUCGAAAGAGUAUUCUACAAAAAUUAGCAGUACAUGGUAACAGCCUCACGACGGACUGGACAACAUUGCCCUGGCAUUCUUCUCUCGGGGCUUCUUGCCACGCUUCGAGCCCCGGUUAUGCGAAGAGGAGGAUGAGGGGGCAGAGACUUUGCUCUGUGCCUUCGCAAGCAAGGCCUCCUGCUCAGCCUUGACCCGUGCCUCUUCCUCGGCCCACCACCGCAGAAACUCGACCUCCUCCCGCGCAGCUUUCUCCUCAGCCUGGAUCUCUCGCAGCGAGCGUUUAUCCUUCGAGGCGCCCUGUUCCUGCUCAAGUUGGAGCUGCUGGAUCGCCACGAAUGAGGCGCCGGCAGACGCUGAAGGCAGGGCCGACGCCAGAAUCGGCGCGGGCUGCCAUGCCUUGCCCGUGUUUCCGCUGCUGACUCGUCGGACCGUCGGGCUGCCGUUGUUCGGCCGCGCCGCCGGUUGUCUCGAUGGGGUGAAAACGGGUCCCAGAGGUGAUGCCGAGGGCGGAAUGCUGAGCGAAGCACGUGGGCGGGGAGGAGUGGAUGGUGACGGCGGAGGGAAAUCACGCCCGAGACUGGUCGAAGGAGUAAUCGGCGGCGAAGUCGUCGCUGGGGGCGACCCAGAUAGUGGUUUGGCUGGGGCUGGGACUCUCCACGGCGUGGAUGCCCCACUUUUCGAACUAGGCCCCGGAUCAGCCGCUUUCAUCCGCGGGGCAGCCGGUUUCGAGCGCAGAACCGAGUCUGGCGUCGUCCUUCGAGAGGCAGCGGCCUCAGCCAUCAGCGCUUUCAUAUCCACCCUCGGCGCAUGCGAUGGUUUCCAAACCGGGGUCGCAGAAACAGUCUCCGACACCGCAGGCGGUGGUAGCACAAUCUCGUCAUUGUCCAUCUCAAAAAUGUCAUCGAUGGCCGCUGCAGCCACGGUUGGACAAGUGGUCGUCAACGUCGUCUUCGAGCUACGACGCUUGGCGAGCAGUUCUGGAGAUGACGGUGUCUUGCGCUUCGUUGAAGGAAUGAUGGGUUCCGGAAAAUCCUGUAUCGCAAGCCAGUCUGCGUGCUUUUCCAAUGCCCCGAUCGCAAGCACGUUGCGGCGCACUGUAGGGCUCUUCUGCUCCUGAUGCCUGACAAGGAAGACCGACAGCUGUUUGAUGAGGGCUGGAGUGAGGUCCGAAAGUAUGCGGCUCUCCAGCAGAGUCUCCAAGUUGGCAACCAUGUAGCCUUGCACGCUUUCCACCAGCUGUUGCGCAUGGAAAUGUGAUGCGUCGGUCAGGAUAUAGCACACGUUGUUGAUGUCAACCCAUUUCAAGAUAGCGCUGGAACAAAGUAGGAGAAGUCGGUCCAGCAGCAGCUCGUUUGCAGCUGCCAUGACGUCGAACAUAAACUCGAUCACUUCAUCCACAGAUUUGGCAAACUCUGGAGGAGAAUGGUUUAGAAACAUGUCACCGAUUGAACAGCCAAACGCACCAAGAUUCUCAAAGAUCUCGCUGUCGCCACCACAGCACAUGAAUUGGAACACAUAGUCCAUCACGUUCCACCUCAGAUGCUUCAAAUUGACCUCGACCGUCCCAUCCGCUUUGCGACGAUU